CCCGCCGCCUCAUCCUCCGCCAUGGCGCAGCAGCAAGUGAGCAGCUCUCAGAAGGCGCUGAUGCUGGAGCUGAAAGGGCUGCAGGAGGAGCCGGUGGAGGGCUUCCGCAUCACUCUGGUCGACGAGUCCGACCUGUACAACUGGGAGGUGGCCAUCUUCGGGCCACCCAACACGCUCUACGAGGGCGGCUACUUCAAGGCUCAUAUUAAAUUUCCUAUGGAUUACCUGUAUUCACCACCUACCUUCAGAUUUCUGACCAAAAUGUGGCAUCCGAACAUUUAUGAGAAUGGGGAUGUAUGUAUUUCAAUUCUUCACCCACCUGUAGAUGAUCCUCAAAGUGGAGAAUUGCCAUCGGAACAGUGGAACCGAAUCCAGAAUGUCAGGACUAUCCUGCUGAGUGUAAUCUCCUUGCUUAAUGAGCCCAACACAUUCUCUCCAGCAAAUGUGGACGCCUCCGUUAUGUUCAGGAAAUGGAGAGACAGCAAAGGGAAAGACAAAGAAUAUGCGGAAAUCAUCCGGAAACAAGUGCAGGCCACCAAGGCGGAAGCAGAGAAGGACAGUGUGAAGGUGCCCACCACGCUGGCUGAGUACUGCAUCAAAACUAAAGUGCCUUCCAACAACAGCAGCUCCGACUUGCUUUAUGACGACCUGUAUGACGACGACAUUGAUGACGAGGAGGAAGACGCCGAUUGUUACGACGCCGACGAUUCCGGCAACGAGGAGUCGUGACCUGUCCCCUCUGACCCUCCCUU